AUACUUACAUCAAACUUCAUGCCAAUCUAUUAGAAACGUCGGAACUGGGGGACUGAUCGGUGGGCGACCAUCUGUCAAUGCGUGGAGCGGCGUGACUUCCUCGAAUUUUUGGGAUUGGUAGCUAUACUGCACGGAACUUUGCCAGUUUACCUAUAAAUCGUACAUCAUGUCUGGUCGUGAGGGUGGCAAAAAGAAACCUCUGAAGGCGCCAAAGAAAUCCGAAAAGGAAAUGGACGAGAGUGAUCUGCAAUUCAAACAGAAGCAGAAGGAAGCACAAAAAGCGUUAGAUGCGGCGAAACAGAAAGCGGGGCAGAAAGGCCCGCUAGUUGGUGGCGGAAUUAAGAAGUCUGGAAAAAAGUAGAGUGUGAAUAAAUUAUUGAUAUAUUUUGAUAA